GUGCGAUGGGUUGUAUACAUGAUAUGAAAUAUGCUGCGUGCGUAGAGGGUUAUUUAACAGAACAUCGUAUUUGCAAAUCUUACAACUUGAACACGUAGUAUAGGUUUAUCAAAAGCUCUUCGUACUUCGGGUUUAAUGCGAUAAGUCAGAAAAUAUCGAUUAAAGUAAGUGAGACAGUGUUUAUGGCUAACAGCUAACCGUUUGUUACCCACAGCUGCUGGAGUAAACCUGCUAAUGUAGCAAGGGUCCAAACACGUGUCAAGAAGAUAUAGAAGAAAAUAUCCUGCUUGUCUGGUGAAAAUCAGAUCUUUGGAUUUUGUGUUACUUGAUUGAGGAAACCAUUAGAGGCUGAAACAGAAGAACAUCCACAUGGGAAACAUUAACAUCCCACACUGAUUGUUCCGUUUAGAGCUACUAGUAGAGCAACAGCCGGUGAAGGAGGCAUCAGAGAAAACGGACAAUGUUCUCAAAACCUUCCUCCAUUUCACUGACAGAAUGUGCGAUUAAGCAGAUUGAGCACCGUUGCAUAUGAGGUGUCCAAGACCAGGACCAGACCCCAUGACUACCCCAGUGGUCAGACGCUCCCACAUGAACUGGACCAGAGCCACCGGAGCAAGCAGUUCAUUUCAAAAGAAGGAAGGCCCUCAUUUCUUCUGUUAAUGGGGUUGCUCAUCUUUCCAGGCGAGCCAAGAGACGCUUAUACUCUAAAUUACAGCUCUGGAUGUGGAGAAAACGGCGAGAGAAAUGCCGUUUUGGGAUGUUCAGAGCCAGGAGGCGAGGCUGUGGGAUUAACUGUGUCCCAAGCCCCUGUUUCAGUUUGAAGACACAAAUACAGAAAAAGAGGAGGCGGCUUCUAACAUACAAUUCACAAGACUCAACUUCAGUUCUUGGAUGUGGUUCUGAAAUGUCAGAAAACACACUUGAACAACAGAGUAGUCCCUUAAAUAAAUGUGAAUCUGCUGUUCUGUCAGGAAUGCCCUCGCAGGACACUGUCAUGGAUACAGACGUUGCAGCAGGCGUCGGCGGUCAAAUCAUAUUAAAAGGAGUCGAACCAGAAACUUGUAGUAAAAUCAAUCACCUGUCAGAACUUUCAGAUGUUGUCAAACCUGUGAGUGCAGACCGCAAUGGAUGUAGACUCAUCAGGGAUCGUAACCCAGGAGAACCUGCCAAAAGGCUGGAGUUGGACGUCCCAUCAGGACAGUACCAUGCUGUGUGUCCGGAUCAGAACCAGGUUUCAGAAGGAGAUGAAGAACAAGUCACCACUAAACGCACCGGUUCCCUUCAGACUGAUAUCGGUCUCAAAGAAGUGGCAAAGGACAUCCAUGAAUUCCUUGAUGACUUCUACAGAAUAUAUGGAAGUUUCAUCCCACUACAAAAGAAUGACAUAUUGAAGCACCUGAAGAGGAGAUUUGACGUAGACUUUAAUGACAGGACCAAUUUUAUCUUCUCGGAGGUCACCAAAUACCGAAUCUCGAUGGUAAACAAGCCCAUCCCGUCCUUUCGGGUGGUCUACAAGAAGCACACGCUAACACUGGACGACUUAUCGACACUGGCAAAUCAGAACUGGCUCAACGACCAGGUCAUGAACAUGUAUGGAGAGUUAAUAAUGGAAUCUGCUCAUCAUAAGGUCCAUUUUCUCAACAGCUUCUUCCACCGCCAGCUCAUGACCAAAGGAUACGACGGAGUAAAAAGAUGGACGAAGCAGGUGGAUUUAUUUUCCAAGACUUUGCUUUUGGUGCCCGUCCAUCUGGAGGUUCACUGGUGUCUGGUGACCGCUGACAUUCCCCAGAAGAAGAUCUGCCUGUACGACUCCCAGGGAAACGCCCUCCAGAAGGUGGCAAGGAACAUCCUGAGAUACUUGAUCACUGAAGCGAAAGAAAAGAGACGAUCAGCGUUUGAAAAUGAUUGGACGGUGUCAUUCGAUGAGAAAAUCCCACAACAGACCAAUGAAAAUGACUGCGGCGUCUUCGUCUUGGAGUAUUCCAGGUGCCUUGCCCUGACAAAACCUCUGCAGUUUUCUCAGAAGGACAUACCAAAUAUCCGGAAGAGGAUCUACAAGGAACUGUGUGACUGUAAACUACACGAACAGGACUGAUGGGAAUCGCACAGUAACAUAUAUCGACCACGUCGGGGUCAAGCCCUCAGUGUGCAGUUUACUUUUUAGUGCAUCAGUACUGAUUUGUCACAGCUCUACAGCACUGUAUAACUGAGCUGAGCCUUAGAGGAGAAAUGUUUCAAGUGUGCUGUUCAUAAAAGUCCAACGUCUCACACAAAUACUCUAUUUAUAUUUUCUAUAUUUAACCAAACUUCUUAUUUAAGAGUGAACGUGUUGACUCGAGUUCUACUGAAGGCAAAAGCACACCAACAAAGCCUUAUGAAGCUGGCAGAUCCGUUAUCCAAAUGGAUGAACCUUUGACAGUCUGUUUCUGUGGUUACGUUGUAAAAUAUUUGGACAAUUUAUUUUUUCUUUCACCUGUGAGCUGCAGGUGGAUGACAAGAAGUGGUUUUUUUUGUUUGUGU